AUGAUACAAUCCGAUAUUGCUAAACUAUCAACAAUACCAUGGGCUGCCGAGCUGAUCAACGACAAGCGCUGGACACCUACGUUGAGCUCCAAUCGGUUUACGAAGCCUACAGGCGAGGACUCGUUCUUCGCAGAAACGCUUGACACCGGACGGACGAUUCGAACAAUGCUGACACUGAGACCGACCGAAGAUCAGGAGGGAGAAUGGAUGUACAAAGAACUGUUGGUCAUCCUGGACUUGGGCGACGGUCUCAAUGGUUAUGCUCAAAUCCUCCAUGGAGGCUUCGCGACCACACUCUUAGACGAAACUUGUGGAGGCCUGAUUCAGCUGAACGUGUUCGAGAAAGUCAGAAGGUUCGGUUCUCAGCAUGCGAUGAAUUACCUCACAGCCUACCUGAACACAGUUUACAAGAAGCCAAUCCCAGUUCCCGGUCCUUUGCUGUGUACCGCAAAGAUAGAGCGGCAGGACGGCAGGAAGCUAUAUGUACGUGCGACGAUCGAGGACGGCGAAGGAACCAUAUACGCCACUGGAGAUUGCAUGUUCAUCAAGGCCAAGCCGAGUCUAUGA